AUGAGCGAUCCUCUGAACAGGAAAGCCGCCGAGGAGCCGACCCGGAGUUCUCCUCCAUCAGGCCGCGGCUCUAGCCACGGCAACGCCGCUGAUCUUUCGGGAUCUGGCACUCUAGAGAACAAUCAGCUUAAUGGUGGUGGGAAAGAGGCGGUUCUUGAUCUGUCAAAGGCCGCUGAGCACAAAGAUGACGGAGAGGAGGAGGAGGACCCGUAUGCUCAUCUCCCCGAGCAUGAAGCGCAAAUCCUUAGGGAUCAGGUCAUCACUCCCGAUAUCAAGGCUGGCGCCGGCAUGCUCUAUCGCUAUGCAUCGCGCAACGACUUGAUCAUCAUCGUCGUGUCGGCCAUCUGCGCCAUCGCCUCGGGCGCCGCCCUGCCCCUGAUGACCGUCGUCUUCGGUAACCUUCAAGGCACCUUCCAGGACUACUUCACCCCCGGCACCGAUAUGAACUACGACAAAUUUACCGAUGAGCUGGCCCGUCUUGUGCUGUACUUCGUCUACCUGGCAAUUGGCGAGUUCGUCACGUCCUACAUUGCGACCGUCGGCUUCAUCUACACUGGCGAGCAUAUCAGCGCCAAGAUCCGCGAACACUACCUCGAGAGUUGCAUGAAGCAGAACAUCGGCUUCUUCGACAAGCUCGGCGCUGGCGAGGUUACGACUCGGAUUACUGGUGACACGAACCUGAUCCAGGAGGGUAUUUCCGAGAAGGUUGGUCUGACUCUUCAGGCCGUUGCCACCUUCAUUGCCGCCUUUGUCAUUGGCUUUGUGAGCUACUGGAAGUUGACAUUGAUCCUCCUGAGCACUGUUUUUGCCCUUCUCAUGGUCAUGGGUACUGGCUCGCGGUUUAUUGUCAAGUUCUCGAGACAGAACAUUGCCGCAUAUGCCCAGGGCGGCUCCGUUGCCGAAGAGGUCAUCAGCAGCAUCCGUAACGCAGUCGCUUUCGGCACUCAAGACCGCUUGGCGAAGCAGUACGACACCCAUCUCGUCGAAGCCGAGAAACAUGGCUUCAAGCUCAAGGCAACUCUCGGCAUUAUGGUCGCCGGCAUGAUGACCCUGGUCUAUCUCAACUAUGGUCUUGGUUUCUGGAUGGGAUCGCGUUACCUGGUUGAUCAGGUCAUCUCGCUCAGCAAGAUGUUGACUGUCAUGAUGAGCGUCAUGAUUGGUGCCUUCAAUCUUGGUAAUGUUGCUCCUAACGUUCAGGCCUUCACCACAGCUUUGGGUGCGGCCGCCAAGAUCUACAGCACCAUCGACCGCAAGUCGCCGAUUGACCCCUCUAGCGACGAAGGCAUCAGGCUCGAGAAUCUCAAGGGCGACAUCCGCCUUGAGCACGUCAAGCACAUCUAUCCUUCGCGUCCCGAGGUUGUCGUUAUGGACGAUGUGUCGCUCGACAUUCCUGCCGGCAAGACCACAGCCCUUGUCGGCGCUUCAGGAAGUGGCAAGUCAACCAUUAUCGGCUUGGUUGAACGUUUCUACUCUCCUGUUGCGGGUACGGUUUAUCUGGAUGGUGUGGACAUCUCAACGCUGAACCUGCGCUGGUUGCGUCAGCAGAUUGCCCUGGUCUCUCAGGAACCCACGCUUUUCAGCACGACCAUCUACGAGAACAUCCGUCACGGUCUGAUCGGCUCCAAGUGGGAGGACGAAGACCCAGAGAAGCAGAGAGAACGCAUUUACGAGGCUGCGAAGAAGGCUAACGCUCACGAUUUCAUCAUGUCCCUUCCCGAGAAGUACGAGACCAACGUCGGCGAACGUGGUUUCCUGCUCAGUGGUGGCCAGAAGCAGCGGAUUGCGAUUGCUCGGGCCAUUGUGUCGGAUCCCAAGAUCCUGCUGCUGGACGAGGCAACCAGUGCUCUGGAUACCAAGUCUGAAGGUGUUGUGCAGGCCGCCCUGGAGGCUGCUUCCGAGGGUCGCACGACCAUUGUGAUCGCCCAUCGUCUGUCAACCAUCAAGGACGCCCACAAUAUCGUGGUCAUGGCUCAAGGUCGCAUCAUCGAACAAGGUACUCACAACGAGCUUCUCGAGAAGCGCGGGGCGUACUACAAUCUUGUCACUGCUCAGGCUAUCGCUGCGGUCAACGAGAUGACGGCUGAGGAAGAGGAAGCCAUCGAGAAGGAACAGGAAGCCUUCUUGGUCCGCAAGUUCUCGGGCCGCAGCAAGUCUGAGGCAGGCAUAAGUGUGCCUAAGGACCCUGAUGACGACUUCGCUACGAAGCUGCAAAGAAGCCAGUCGACGCAGAGCGCGAGCUCUUUGGUUUUGCAGCGGCGUAAGGCUGAGCCGGAGACCAAAUAUAGCCUCUGGACUCUCAUCAAGACUAUCGCCAGCUUCAACAAGGAAGAAUGGAAGCUCAUGCUUGUCGGCCUGUUCUUCUCUGCCAUCUGCGGUGGUGGUAACCCGGUCCAGUCGGUCUAUUUCUCUAAGCUUAUCGGUGCUCUCUCGGUCCCUGUAACCCCCAGGACGAUUCCGGACAUCAAGUCAGAUGCAUCAUUUUGGUGUCUCAUGUACCUGAUGACAGCAAUCGUUAUGUUCAUCGCCUUCGCCGUCCAGGGUGUUGUCUUCGCAAGGUGCAGUGAGCGGCUGAUCCACAGAGUUCGCGACAGAGCCUUCCGGGCCAUGCUUCGGCAGGAUGUUGAGUACUUCGAUGUGGAGGAACACUCGGCUGGCGCUCUCACUUCUUUCCUUAGUACCGAGACGACGCACGUUGCUGGUCUCAGCGGCUCUACCCUCGGCACCCUGAUCAUGGUAUUCACUACGCUGGUCGCCGCUUGCACGCUGGCCCUUGCCCUCGGCUGGAAGUUGGCGCUUGUUUGCAUCGCUACCAUGCCUCUCGUCAUCGCGAGUGGUUUCUUCCGUUUCUGGAUGCUGGCACACUAUCAGCGUCGCGCGAAGCGUGCUUAUACUGCUUCUGCCAGCUUCGCGUCCGAAGCCAUCACGGCCAUCCGCACCGUGGCGGCGUUGACUCGCGAGGAGGAUGUCAUUCGGCAGUACAAGCAUUCGCUUGAUGUUCAGCAAAAGGCCAGUCUCAUCUCGGUGCUCAAGUCCAGCCUUCUGUUCGCGGCGUCGCAGUCACUCGUCUUCCUUGUCUUCGCUCUUGGGUUCUGGUACGGCGGUACCCUGAUCGCCAAGGGCGAGUACACUAUGUUCCAAUUCUUCGUCGUAUUCAUGUCGGUCAUUUUCGGUGCUCAGGCUGCUGGCACUGUGUUCAGUUUUGCCCCUGACAUGGGAAAGGCGGUUGAGGCUUCUCGUGACCUGAAGGCGCUCUUUGACCGCAAGCCGACCAUCGACACCUGGUCUGAUGAGGGCGAGAAACUCGAAUCGAUUACCGGCCAUAUCGAGUUCCGCGACGUGCACUUUCGGUACCCGACUCGGCCUGAGCAGCCUGUGCUUCGCGGCCUGAAUCUGACCAUCCAGCCCGGCCAGUACGUUGCUCUUGUGGGCGCAUCCGGCUGCGGAAAGUCGACGACUAUCGCCCUUCUCGAACGCUUCUAUGAUCCUCUGGCUGGCGGCAUUUACAUCGAUGGCAAGGAGAUCAGUACUUUGAAUGUCAACUCGUACCGCAGCUUCCUUGCGCUUGUCUCGCAGGAGCCGACUCUCUACCAAGGCACCAUCAGGGAGAAUAUUCUGCUCGGCUCGCCCAACGAAGUUACGGAAGAGCAGAUCAAGUUUGCUUGCGAAGAGGCCAACAUCUACGACUUCAUCAUGUCACUUCCGGAUGGCUUCGACACUAUCGUCGGUUCCAAGGGCACGCUACUCUCAGGUGGCCAGAAACAACGCAUCGCUAUCGCGCGUGCGCUCAUCCGUGACCCGAAGAUCCUACUCCUCGAUGAGGCUACCAGUGCGCUCGACUCGGAGAGUGAACACGUUGUGCAGGCUGCGCUGGACAAGGCUGCUAAGGGCCGGACGACCAUUGCUGUGGCGCAUCGUUUGAGCACCAUUCAGAAGGCUGAUGUGAUUUAUGUGUUUGAUCAGGGCAGAAUUGUGGAGCAGGGUACACAUGCUGAGCUGAUGAAGAAGAAUGGUCGGUAUGCUGAGCUGGUGAAUCUGCAGAGCUUGGAGAAGAGGUGA